AUGAAUCCUCACGCCCCUUUGCCUCAGCGAUGCAAAGCCGGGGUAGUUUCCAAUAAUGGCCCUAAUUACCAUUUAGCUGUUAAAGAUGUCGCGGUCCCGAAACCAGGCCCGGAUCAACUUCUGAUUAAAUUGAAUGCGACGGGCCUCUGCUACAGUGAUAUUCAUUACAUGUUGGAAGACCUUCCGCUUCCGCGAAUGGGUGAGUAUGGUGUUCAUUCUCCAGGACACGAGGGAGCAGGGGUCGUAGUCGCUGUUGGGCAUGAUGUGAAGGGAUGGAAACCAGGUGAUCGAGCAGGAAUCGCACCGACAUGGGAUACCUGUAUGAGCUGCGAGUUAUGCUCUUCUGAUAUGGAAUGUCACUGUCCUGGUGCAGUGCCAACUGGACUGAAAGUUUCAGGCACGUAUCAGCAGUACAUUGUGAGCCCAGCACGAUAUACAACACGCAUUCCGAACGGUGUUGACGAUUUCUCUGCCGGACCCAUCAUGUGUAGUGGGUCAACUAUGUUCAGAGCACUUCGAGAGUCGAAACUGCACGCGGGCCAAUGGGUAGUCAUAAUCGGAGCAGGAGGUGGAGUUGGCCAUAUGGGUGUCCAAAUUGCGAAGGCAAUGGGCUUGAGGGUCAUUGGAGUCGAUACAGGCGAGGACAAAGAGCAGUUGUGUUUUAGACUUGGCUGUGAAGGUUUUGUCGACCAUUGCAAAUCCAACGAUCUGGUCAGGGAAGUAAUCCAAGUAGCUGACGGUCAAGGUGCACAUGGUGUACUGGUGACCGCAUCAUCUGCUGCAGCAUACCGAGUAGCACCCCAGUUGCUACGUGUGGGAGGGGUCGUCGUAUGUGUGGGUAUGCCUGCGUCUGGCAGUGCUUUCGCAGGGGAGGACCCAAUGUAUAUCAUUCUCAAGAACUUGAAGAUCGUUGGCUCUCUGACUGGGUCACGUCAGGAUACACUUGGAGCUUUGUCACUGGCAGCACGGGGGCUUCUCAAGCCUGUCUAUGAAAUGUUCAGCAUAGAGCAAUUACCUGAUGCAGUGGGCCGGCUCAGACAAGGAAAGGUUAAAGGGCGCUGUGUAGUGAAUUUCAAUACAUGA